ACACACACACGCGCGCACACACACACGCACACGCGCACGCGCAUACACACUGUGUUGGCUGUAAUAACACAUGGCUGUGUAAAACACAACGUACUAACAACGUUAGUACUCCGAGCGGUUACAGUCGAUGACCUGGGAGCAGAGGACAGACACUCGCACCUACUGACUUUCAACAUCUAUCUUGAUCUAUUAUGAAUAUAUUCCUGGAAACAAUCCAGGUCCUCCUGCUGUCAUUGUGGUACAAUGUGGAAUCCUUCAUCCAUCUCUUUGUGCCCCGGAAAAGAAAGAACAUAGCUGGUGAGGUGGUGCUGCUUACGGGGGCAGGUAGCGGGAUUGGUCGCCUCAUGGCUCAGGAGUUUGCGGCUCUUGGCACUGUGCUGGUUUUGUGGGACAUUAACCAGGAUGGGAUGAAGGAAACUGCCCGACUGGCUAAACAGAGUGGAGCCAGCAGAGUACACUACUACCUGUGUGACUGUAGUGACAGGAACGAAGUUUACAGAGUGGCUGACCAGGUAAAGCGAGAGGUGGGGGAUGUCAGCAUUCUGGUGAAUAACGCUGGCAUCGUGACAGGAAAGAAGUUCAUGGAUGCUCCAGAUUCCCUGAUUGAGAAGACAGUGGAGGUCAACACAAUGGCUCACUUCUGGACAUACAAGGCCUUCCUUCCUGCUAUGAUUGCCAACAAUCACGGACAUCUUGUCAGCAUUGCCAGUUCUGCCGGGCUUGUAGGAGUCAAUGGAUUGGCAGACUACUGUGCCAGUAAGUUUGCAGCAGUAGGUUUUGCAGAGUCUGUGGGUCUGGAGCUACUGGCGACUGGGAUGGAUGGCAUCAAGACCACCAUUGUGUGUCCAUACUUCAUCAACACUGGAAUGUUUGAUGGAUGUCAAACCAAGUGGCCAAGGCUGCUGCCCAUCUUGAAUCCAGACUAUGUAGUGAAGAAGAUCAUCCAUGCUGUGCUCACAGACCAAGCGUACCUGCUGCUGCCCAAGACUUUGUACCUCAUCACUGCUCUCAAGAGCAUCCUCCCCGUGAAGCAAGGCAUUAUGCUGGGCCAGUACCUGGGAGCCUUCAACCUCAUGGAAAAUUUCAGGGGACGCAGCCAAAAACUUGAGUGAGGUAGCAGAAUAAGAAGUGAAGAAUGAGAUGGAAGUAUUAAAGCUAUCCAUUUCAACCCCCCUUUUAAUCCUAAUCUUCCUAGUGUGUUGUUGAAAUUAUACAGCCCAGGACAGAACAGUAGAGGGCAACAAAUAAAUACAAAUACUGAUUGUCUUUUGGUUUCUCUAUAUCUUAGACUGUAUAAUCCAUCUUUUAAGCCUAAAAAUCAUAUUUAUGCAAAUGUUUAAACUACAUUAUCAUGAGUGAUUUUUAAAUAUGAUUUUAUAGAAAACAAAAACAAAAAUGCUUUCAAAGAUUACCAGGACUCUUCCUGAUCGAUUAUGGAAAUUUAAUGUGUAUGCAAGUGCUCAUAAAUUCAGCCAGCCAGUGUUCUUGACUGCUACUACCUGUUAAAGUACCAAUAUGGUUGGAUCACUAUACCGUUAAUACAACAGCCAAUAUUUCAAUGUCAUAUUAACAAUUUUAGGGGUCCACCAUGUAUGUUGGGUUUUAAGACAUUUUUUUUGUUGUUAAUCUGGUUCAGUGUCAUUUCACAUCUCACAAGUAAAGUGCCUUGGCCACGCACUCAUCCUCAGGUACAGUGAAGCGAACUGAGGUUCUUAGGUCAGUGAUACCUUACUUUGUGUUUAGCUGAUAGUCCAGACCACUCACAGCUCUUUGCAGUAAGCAGACUCCUACUGAACAUGAUCUACCUUUUUUUUUGCAAACAGCAAAUUUCCUGACUGUUCAUACAUUAACUGGAACUGUACUAGCUAGUAGCAUACUAGCCUGUUGGAGAUAGCAAGUAGGUGACUGGCGACCCCUCUGCUUUUCUUAUUGUUUCCAUAUAUUCGUGCAUUGGUGACAUUUUCCACCCAAGCAGAGCGCAUACUCUGGGUUACGUUUCUAUUAACUUGGGUUUGCUUUGACUUUGCUUAGUGUGAACACAUCUGAUCUUAGCUAAGCUCAUGUCGUCUGAAAACUGAAUUUCCAGAACAUUUUGAGGGCACAAAGACAAAGUUGUCCCAAACUGUGACAAAUGUCAGAUAAAUUAGCGCUAAAUUAGAGGCGGUUAAAUGGAAGCAAUAUGCAUCCGUAGUCUCCUAGUGAGCAAAGCAAACUUCAGCUAUAUCCAUAUCCAUUCAUUUCCUACUGUGUUAUUCCUGUCAUCAAGCUAAUGUUAAUUUGAAAAGCUACAGAAGGGUCUACUUUAUGGUUUACUUGCAACAUGCACAGCUGUGCUUUAACAUUACAAUUAUGCCUGCUAUUAGUCUUGUGUCUUGAUGUAGGUAAAACUGUGUCAGAAGAAUCACAGGGAGCUUGAAUAUCUCAGUGUUCUUCCACUAAUAUGUUCAGAUAUCAAGUACCCUUUUCCCUGCGGGUGAACCUUUUUUCAACAUUCAGAAACAACCUGAAGUCACAGUUUUUUGUUACUGUUCUUUUUGAAGUAAUAGCCAAAUGUGUUGCACUAAUUUCCGGACAGAUUUUAACAGUCCUAUGUUAACUGAUGAAGUACAUUUACAUGCACUAACAUUGUUUGUAAAAUAUUAUAUUAUAAGACUAUAAUAGACAUAUCUGAAUGCAUAUCUAUCAGGGAUCAUCUAAACUUAACAACGUAUUAUAUCAAUUGAGUGUAUGUAAUUUGCAUUUGACAUCUCUCAUCUUGAACAUGUAUUCUGUAAAAGCUUAAUUGUUGAUAUAUCCAUAUGGAACAGGGUCCAGCGUAUACCAGUUGCUUUAUCAUGUAAACCAUUAAAGAAAUCAGUUAAAGGAAUGUAGAGAUUGUUGUUAAGUAUGUAUCAAGCAGUACAUUUUCAGGGUCAGUCUCACAAUGUUUGAAAGUGAGCUACCUGCAACACUUAUUUAGAAAAUCCUGAUGAUUAAAUUUCUUUUCAAAUGUAAAA